GGAGGAGGCUGAGGCUGGAGAGGAGGAGGAGGCUGAGACUGAGGGAGAGGCCUGGGGUUUCCUGGCGGGGGAGAAGGCGAAGAAGAGAAGCCCCUCCAGAGGCGCCCCAUCCAGGCAGAAUGGCAGAGAUGGAUCUGAUGGCAAGAUUGGAAAAUGCUGUAAUUAGGCUUGAAUCGUUGUUGUCAAAUUCACACAGAGGUACAGAAAUGGAAUAUGGAGCUGUUAAUGGAGUCAAUGGAGACAUAGCACCCUAUGUGGAAGCCUUUGACAGAAUAAUGAAUGGGAGUGUAGCUGAGUUUCUAAAGAACAGCAAGAUCCUUGAAGGUGAUGUGAAGAUACAUGCAGAAAUGGUCCGUGCCGCUUUCCAAGCACAAAGAACAUUUCUUCUGCUGACCUCACAAUAUCAAGAACCUCAGGAGGGUGAAUUGACCAUUCUUCUAAAACCAAUAUCGGACAAGAUCCAUGAAAUCCAGAUGUUCAGAGAGAGAAACCGCGGAAGUAAUAUGUUUAAUCAUCUGUCUGCUGUCAGUGAAAGCAUUCCAGCUCUUGGAUGGAUAGCAGUUUCUCCUAAACCAGGGCCUUAUGUCAAGGAGAUGAAUGAUGCUGCUACCUUUUAUACUAACAGGGUGUUAAAAGACUACAAACACAGUGAUCUGCGUCAUGUUGAUUGGGUGAAGUCAUUUUUGAAUAUAUGGACAGAACUUCAAGCAUACAUUAAAGAAUAUCAUACUACUGGUCUCACCUGGAGUAAAAUUGGGCCUAUUGCAUCAGCAUCUGGGCCAACUACCCUGGCAAGCAACCAGGGCUCUCCUCCGCCACCCCCGCCCCCUCCGCCACCGCCAGGACCUCCUCCUGUCUUUGACACAGAAAAUGCAAAAGAUGAUGCAACUGCAACUCGCUCAGCCUUAUUUGCCCAGCUGAACCAGGGAGAAAAAAUUACCAAAGGGCUUCGCCAUGUCUCUGAUGACCAGAAGACCCAUAAAAAUCCUAGUCUACGUGCUCAAGGACCCCCAGUUCGAUCUCCUACAAAAAGCCAUUUUUCAGGCCCAGCAACUUCCAAGCCACCUCCUCAGCAGACCCACUGUCCUGUGUUAGAACUUGAAGGAAAGAAGUGGAGAGUGGAAUACCAGGAAGACAAGAAUGACCUUUUAAUUGCUGACACUGAACUCAAGCAAGUAGCUUAUAUUUUCAAAUGCAACAAAUCUACAUUGCAGAUGAAAGGAAAAAUUAAUUCCAUUACAGUUGAUAACUGCAAAAAGUUUGGCCUUGUAUUUGACAAUGUUGUGGGUAUUGUUGAAGUGAUAAACUCCAAUGAUAUUCAGAUACAGGUAUUAGGAAAAGUGCCAACCAUUUCAAUUAACAAGACUGAAGGCUGCCAUAUAUACCUCAGCGAAGAAUCAUUAGACUGUGAGAUUGUGAGUGCUAAGUCUUCUGAAAUGAACAUCCUUAUCCCGCAGGAUGGUGAUUACAAAGAAUUCCCUGUUCCUGAACAGUUCAAGACAUCAUGGGAUGGAUCCAAGUUGGUCACUGACCCUACAGAGAUUGUUGCUUAACUUUAUAGGGCUAUAUGGAAACCAUAGUCUACAAUCUCCAAAGAUAUUGAGCCUAAAGAAAACAGCAGCAGUGAAUAAGCCUUCAAGCAGAUACUCUGUGCCCUAGAAACUAUAGGCUCUACUACAUAUGGUAUUUUUCCUCCAUUGAGAUCAUCUUUAUGUAGGAGGGGAAAAUAUACUGAUGUACACUGUUUUGUUUGGGAAAGGCAUGAAUGUUUAUUUUGCCAUGGUUACAUGAGCUUGGAAUCCACUCUGCACAGUCCUGGUACACAUUUUUAAUGCAUCCUGAUAUUCUUAAAAUGUUCACAAUUUGCCUUUGUGUGCAAAUAGAUUAUAUGUAAUAUGUGAAUGUACAAAGAUUUUAAAAAUUAACCAUUCAGGUUGUUGGCAAUUUCACUGAAUACAAUAAGCCAAAUGUCUGCAUGAUACACUUUGUAAUGUUUCAAUGCAUUCCUUUUCUAUGUUUUGGCUGGUAAUAAAAUAAAUAAUAUGAAUAUGGUAAGAUGUUCAGUUUAGAUUUGAGAUCCUUUGUACAUCGUAUUGUGAUACCGGACCCUAGAAAGUCUGUAGUUCUAUAAGGUCUUUGUGCUUUUAAAAGUAAAAAUGUACAACUCUUAGCUACAUUUGCUAAUGGAAAAGAGGGGCUAGAUAUUUCAGUUACUUAUUUCAGUAAUGUGAGUAUCUUGAGUUUUUUGGUUCAAUUUCGAGCUAAUUUGUUUGUUUCAGAUUAGUUCAGAAUCAUUCUAGAAAAUGUUAGCUUAAAGGUUAUCUUUCUGUAUUCAACUAGGUUUUUACUUCUCAUCUGGGUAUGUCCUUGACUUGAGCGAUUUUUUUCUUUAUAGACUAUAUAUAGUUACUAAUGUUAAUUUAACUAUCUAAUCUGAACUGAGUAAUGUGGGGGCAUUAUUUCUCUUUGAUCUAUAAAAUACAGUACUACAUAUUUUCAUGAACCUGCCAGUCCAAAAGAUCAUCAAAUGCAACCUUGUUUAGGGGUAGGGAUCUGCUGGCCCAUAGAGUAAAUCUGGUUACUUGAAACUAUAUUAAAUCUUAAUGAAGAUAUAAUUUGAAUUAGAACAAUUCUACAUUUUAAAAAGAGGUGCUACAUUCUUUAAUGUUGUUAUUUCUCUUCAUAUUUUAUAUGUAAUAGCCCCACUAUGCCUGCAUACAUAAUCUACGUAACACCAAAUUGCUACUAAAUGGCAUCAGUUUUAUUAAAUGUCCUCACCAUCUGUGACUGUACUAAGAUUUGCAAUAAAAUACAGUUCUAGAAUGGUGAAGAUUAAAAUGGCUCCUAACAAUGCAGAAGUUAUCAUCCUAGUUAUAGAUAUUAGUUUAUGUAAAGGUGGAGGUAACUCAGCUUUUAUUUCCAUUUGUAAGGUAUGCAUGCAAAUGUUUAAAAACGUACAUGAAGAAAAGCCAUAGAUUACUACUGAAUAAGUUCUGAACUCAGACUAAAGGGGUUGUAUUUUUUGAAAGGGGGAAUUGGUUGUAUAGUCCAUAUUGUUCCUUUUUAACACUAAUGUGAAGUGUAGUAUAUGUAUGACCUCAGCACAUAGUACCUAAUUAUGAUACUGAUUUUAAUUACUUGUAAUACUUUGUAACAGUGAAAUAAUGGUAAUAUGCUUGCACAGCUAGAUCAGGAUUUAAAUUGUGCCUACUGCACCUUACAAGGUACAUAGUCCUUUUUUAAUAUUAUAUUUGAUUGUAAUAUCUGUAGAGAAUUACAACAAAUAGUGCAUAUAAUAAUACAAUUUUGCUAUCUGAUGUUUGAUCUAUAUGUAAUAAUGUUGUGGCUUUAGUACAUGCCAUUUUUCAAUAGUAAACUUAUCACAAGAAUAAAAAUGUAACUUGUUUACAUUGUUGAAGAGAUUA